UGAUUGGCCUUUUAGUCGCCCUUUCCGCGACUAUCGGGGUUAGCAGCGGCAGUCGGUAUGCCUGACCGCCCAUUGGGAUUACAAGUGACUGUCGUCGCUGGGAACCAGUGGGCGACGACGAAGAGCAAAAAGCAAUAAUUCGAAUCCACAGAGAAUGGCACAAAAACAGCGGGCAAUGGACAGAGAAACGACGCAAAGCUCGGCGGCGAGCUCUAACUUGAAAGUGGAAGACGUAAAAGUGACCGCUGUGGAAAUUGGAGCCGGCGGAGUGGCAGAUAACAAGCAGGAGUCCGCCAUGUCGCAGGUCGAAAGGAUCACGACGGGCUUUGGGGCACGGCCGGAAUGCUUCAAGAACACGCUGCAGGAGAUUGCCUUCGUGGCACAGGCGACGGUGGCGAUGGCUUCUUCUGCUUUUCUUGCCGGCACAGCACUCAUUAUCACGGUUCCUGUGUCGUUGGACUUGCACAUGACGCAGGGGCAGAUUUCUUGGAUUAGCGCUUCAACUUCGUUGGUUGCAGGAGCAUUUCAGCUUGCGCUCGGUCAGCUAGCCGAUUUGCUCGGCCGGAAGCCAAUGUUCAUCGCAGGCAUGGCGGGCUUUAGCCUAUUCGCGCUCCUCAUCGCAUUCGCACAGAAUCCGUACUGGAUGCUGAUUGUGUCCGGCAUCCUUGGCAUCCCGAGUGCAAUGGUUGUACCGCCUGCGAUCGGGAUCCUGGGCGCGGCCUACGGAGCCCCUUCGAAACGCAAAAACGCAGCCUUCUCGUGCUUCAGUGCUGGCAAUCCGCUAGGGUUCGUGUUCGGCACUAUCUUGUGCGGCAUUGCCACACAACUCUUCAACUGGCGCGCCGCGUUCCUUCUGUUGUCGAUUAUCUGGGCCGUAUUCACUGUCUUUGCGUUCUGGGCUGUGCCCAACGUUGAGACCUUCGAGCGGGCCCCAUUGAGACAGAGAUUGGGUAUGUUGAGACAAUUUGACUAUGUAGGGACAAUCCUCACGAUUCUCGGAACCGGGAUGUUUAGUGCUGGUCUCACACUUGGUCCUCAAGAUGGCUGGUCACAUGCUCAUGUGAUCGCGCUUAUUGUGGUAGGUAUUGUGCUUCUAUUAGUCUUCGUCUUCUGGGAGAGAAAUUUCCCAACACCCCUGAUGCCGCCGCAUAUCUGGAGAGACCGUAAUUUCAGCUUGAUUAUCGUCGUCGUUGUCUUCGGUAAUAUGAGUUUUCAAGCCACGGGGUUCUGGCUUGCAUUCUUCAUGCAACAAGUCCAGAGAUUGUCAACCUUGAAUGUAGCUGUGCGUCUGCUACCAAUGGCCAUUGCCGGCUUGCUAUGGAAUAUACUGGCAGGCCGAAUUCUUCAUAAGAUUAAUAAUACACUUUUGAUGAUCUUCGGUGCCGUCAGCUAUCUAGCGGCUGCUCUAUUAUUUUCCUUCAUGGAAGACGACAGUAGUUAUUGGGCGUUUAUCUUCCCUGCCCUGGUCCUAAAUGUUGCGGGUGCAGAUCUGCAGUUCAAUAUCGCCAAUAUGUACGUCUUGCAAUCGCUUCCAAGUCAUCAGCAGUCUUUGGCAGGAGGGAUAUUUAACGUGGUAAUACGAUUAUCGAACACGGUUGUCCUAGGAAUCUCAACAGCGGUAUUUAGCUCCGUCGAGUCAACACCGGCUGGAAUUGCAGAUCCAAUGCUCAAGUACGUCAGGACCUUCCAGACUACGGUGGCAUUGGCUGCAGCUGGAGUCGUGAUUUCGCCCUUUAUUAGACUGGGCACGCAAGGAAACGCACCGAAAAUAGUGAUUAGGGAGGAAAAUGAAAACCUCGGUAUUGCACCGGACGUCACGGCAGAUCCAAGUCAACAACGGGGAUCUCUAUAACCCCCAAGGAGGCGAUGAUAGCCGAGACAUACGAGUAGACGUCACAAGAAAGUCUAGUGACUUUGAGAAAAUGCAAUCAUACCUAGGUACAUUUGAUAUAAUUAGACAGGCAUGUUACAUGCUGCACCUAAGUACGAAGUAGAUGCGAAGCUCGGUAAAUCGACCAUAGCACACCUCAGCUACGCGAUUGCCGAUUUUCGGCCCGCUUCAAUCUAUCGGGGUUUAGAGCAAAACCUUGAAAUUAUAUACAUCCACAGUAGUACAUGGC